AUGUCUGAUAAUCAAUUCAACAAUAUGGAUGAUGACAAUGUUCCAACUUCAGUUGAAGCAGCUGAUGAAACAUCUGAUGUCAUAGCCUUGUCGCAGCACGCAUCUUCAGAACAAGUGCAACGACGAACAUUUUCUCAUUGGCCACAUUCUUCGUCUCAAUUCAUUGCUCAAAUGAAUGAAGCUGGAUUCUAUGGUUGCAAUAUUGGUGAUCGUGUUAUAUGUCUCAGUUGUGGUCUCGUCUGUCAACAAUGGAUACCAUAUAUUGAUGAUCCAUGUGAAGUUCAUAGAAUCCUUUCACCUAAUUGUAGAUAUGUACAAUCAAAAUUAAUGUGCCAUAGAUCAGCACCUUUGAAUAAUACCAAUCUAAGUCCAACAGUAAAUGUAGCCGUACCUCCUACAAGUAUCUUACCUUCUAUGGAUUCACUUCAUUGCGAUGAAAUAGUGCCCAAAUCUUCCCGUAGCGAUAAAUAUGCUGAAGUAUUCGAACGUGCGAAAUCAUUUCCUAACUGGCACAAUGAGAAACUACCACCUGUUGAUGAUUUUGCUCGAGCUGGGUUUUUCUAUACAGGUAUGAAAAAUACUGUCACGUGUUUUUAUUGCAACGGAUCAUUACGCAACUGGGGACCCAAUGAUAAUCCUAUGAUUGAACAUGCACGAUGGUUUCCUCAUUGUGCUUAUGCUCGACAAUUAUGUGGUGAUGAUUUGUAUAGGAAAAUUCAAGAAUCUCAACGUUCACGACAAGGUUUUCUUAGAACGUAA